AUAAUAAUAAUAAAAUAAAAUAAAAAACAAAGCCGUGCGUAGUUCACACCUAGUAUUAAGUAUUUUGAACUCAACUAACUCACAUAAUUCCAUCAAUAAAACUUUAAAAAACCCAACGCGUCAGCGUCAUUUAAACACAAAUAUUAAGUUGUUGCAGUGCUUUGCUGGAAACGAUACAUUGUCUUCCCAAAAUAUCACAUACCUAUAUUUUAUUAAGUUGUUGCAGUGCUUUGCUUGGAAACGAUACAUUGUCUUCCCAAAAUAUCACAUACCUAUAUUUUAUUAAGAGUAGAGUAGUAAUCCGUAAUCCGUAAUAUAUAUACUUCGUAUAAUGCAGUUAACUAGUAAUUGAAUAACCCAAAUAAACAUCAAGAAAAUAAUAGAUAUGAUGAACAAUAAGCUGCAAUUGUUCAAUGUAUUCUUUCUCAUCGUGGCAACUAUUGUAGCAACAAAAUUAAUACUCAAAACUCUGUUAAUCAAGAGCAGCAAACGGCUACCACCAGUGGUGAAAGGGCGGAUUCCUUUGAUCGGGGGCGUGGCUCGCUUCGUAGCGAACCCUGUAGAGAUGCUCAAGGAGGAGUAUGAAAGCCUUGGAAGUGUAUUCACUAUAAAUGCAGUGUACAAGAAUAUAACGUUCCUGCUCGAACCCGAUGUAUCGGCUUAUUUCUUCAAGGCCGGCGAGAGUGAGCUCAGUCAGAAAGAAGUGUACGGGUUCACCGUGCCUAUCUUUGGACCUGGGAUCGUGUAUGACGCCGAGUAUUCAGUGCGUAAGGAGCAGUUUCACUUCUUCGAGGAGUCUUUUCGAAUUGAUAAACUCCGUGGCUUUGUUGAUUAUAUGAGCCAAGAAGUCCAGGACUAUUUUUCCAAGUGGGGAGAUAAUGGAGAGGUAGAUUUAAAACAAGAAAUGGAGAAUCUCAUCAUCUUAAUAGCAAGUCGAUGUUUUCUUGGUCAAGAAGUCCGUGAAAGUCUCUCGGAAGAUAUAGCUGCCCUUAUCAAUGAAAUCAAUGUUGCAAUGGGACCUCUUACUACGAUGUUCCCUCAUCUACCCACCCCACCUCACUGGCGCCGCGACAAAGCACGUAAAAAACUAGAUGAUAUUUUCUCAAACGUAAUAUCUUCUCGUAGAUUAUCUCCAAAAUCCGAGGAUGACAUGUUGCAGAGUCUUAUUAACUCGAAGUACAAAGAUGGUCGUGCCACAACCGUUACAGAAGUUACAGGUAUGCUCAUUACUGCCCUCUAUGGCGGUCAACGUUCGGGUUCUGCUACAGCUACUUGGACAGGUGCUUACCUUGUUCACUAUAAGGCGAUCUGGUUUGAUGCUGUGGAAGAGCAGAGAAGGUUGAUGAAAAAGCAUGGAGACGCGAUAACUUAUGAUGCAAUAUCUGAUAUGCAUCAUUUGUAUCGUUGCAUCAAGGAAGCCUUGAGGCUACAUCCGCCACUAGCAAUGCUAUUGCGUAAAUCCCAUAAAGAUUUUAGUGUGACUACUCGAAAGGGUGACAAGUACGACAUCCCAAAAGGGCAUAUAAUCGCAGCCUCACCGGUUUUGUCUAAUCGUGUUCCACAUAUUUACACGAAUCCUGAUAGUUACGAUCCUGAAAGGUUUUGCCCCGGAAGAGAAGAGGAUAGAUUAGCUGGCCCGUUCUCGUUCGUGUCGUUUGGAGGAGGCAAGCAUACUUGCCUUGGUGAGACAUUUGCAUACUUGGAGAUAAAGACUAUAUGGAGCUAUUUGAUUCGGAACUUUGAGAUCGAGUUGAUCACUCCGUUCCCAGAGACUGAAUAUAAUGAAAUAGUAUGGAGUCCGAAAGGAAAGGUGAUGGUACGAUACAAGCGUAGGAAACUUGUUAUUGAGUAAAUAUUGGGAUUGUACAAUUCUUCAUCUCGGUCAUUGUGGAUAUUGUUUGAUUCCACAAAGUUGUGAGAUUGUAGUCAUUGUACAGCUCUUCAACUCGGUCUUUAUUUGUUUGUAAUGAUGCCAUGCGUAUGUAUGUGUGCAUGCUUGUAAGCAAGUCAUCUUUAUUAGCUAUGUCAUUUUUUUAUUUGAAGAAAGAGUAAAUUUAGGCACCGCUCCAAGUGCGCUUACGUGAAGUAUAGGUGAAUAUGUUUUGCAAUCAUAGGAAGUUGGAGUUGAC